AUGGAAGUUGACCAAAUCUCUGACACUACACAUCUGCCUCUUGAUAAAGGAAAAAAUAAAAAAACUGUAACAGUCACUGAAACUACAACCAAUAACAAAAAAGAUGAAAUGAAUGUCAACGGUCCCUCUGACGUGUCUGAAAAUACUAUUAAUACUACUUUAGUUGCUGAUAUUAAAGAUAAUAACACGUUUGCUGACGCUGCUAGCUCUUUUAGUUCUAAUGUCAGACGUCCUCAAAUUCAAAACAAAUGA